UCUCUCUCGUCGCAUCCUGUGCUCUGCAUCCCUCCUCCUCCUCCUCCUGUGUGUGUUCAUGGUGACUGUGCAUGCUGUCUGUGAGCUUCUUUCUGUCUAUUUAUAUAUUAUUUUUUUUUAUUUUUGGGGGACUCUCAAGGUCGAGGAGGGCAUCAUGACUUUUCAAUGACCACCACCUCCAUCAUGCAACAACCACCGGUGUUAUAAUAACACGACUCGUCUCCAGCAGCAGCAGCACUUCACCCACAGUCCUCUUCCUCUCCUCUUCCUCUCCUCUCCUCUCCAGGGAAAACUACCAGCACCUGCCGACGCCUCUCACCAUAUGACCGUCUCGAAGAUGACAUGGCGUCCUCAGUACCGCAGCUCCAAGUUCCGCCACGUGUUUGGUAAGGCCGCCACCAAGGAGAGCUGCUAUGAUGGCGUGCCAAUCACACGCAGCGUCCAGGACAACAACUUCUGUGCUGUCAACCCACGUUUCCUGGCAGUCAUCACCGAGUGUGCCGGGGGAGGGUCCUUCCUGGUCCUGUCUGUCCAUCAUACAGGUAAAGUGGAUCCUCUCCAACCCCGGGUAUCGGGCCACAGAGGCAACGUGUUAGAUAUCAAAUGGGAUCCCUUCAACGACUACUGCAUCGCCUCCUGCUCCGAGGACACCACGGUGAAAGUGUGGGAAAUCCCUCCUCAUGGCGUGCUGAAGAACCUCACAUCAGCGUGGAAGGAGCUUCAGGGUCACAGCCGCCGAGUGGGCCUCAUUGAGUGGCACCCGACUGCUAAGAACAUCCUCUUCAGUACAGCCUACGACUACCAGGUGAUGAUCUGGAACCUGGACUGUCCAGAGCAGGUGAUAAAGAACCCCAUACGGACAAUCAGCCACCACACAGACGUCGUCCUCUCCAUGUCCUUCAACACAGAUGGCAGCCUCUUCGCCACCACCUGCAAGGACAGGAAGGUCCGACUCAUGGAGCCGCGCUCAGGAAACAUACUGCAGGAAGCCAACUGCAAGACGCACAAAGCCAGCAAGGUGCUGGUUCUGGGUAACAUGAAGAUGCUCUUCACAUCAGGCACUUCUCGUUGGAACGACCGACAGUUUGCUCUGUGGGAUCAGGACGAUCUGUCUGUGCCUUUGUUACAAGAGAACCUGGACGGUUCGUCAGGAGUCCUCUUUCCUUUCUACGACCCCGACACACACAUGCUCUACCUUGCUGGGAAGGGUGACGGAAAUAUAAGGUACUAUGAGAUAAGCUCAGAAAAACCGUAUAUCCACUUCCUAACAGAGUACCGCUCAAACCUACCUCAGAAAGGAAUGGGUGUGAUGCCAAAGAGAGGUCUGGAUGUGAGCUCCUGCGAGGUGUUCAGGUUCUACAAACUGGUGACAAUCAAGAGUCUCAUUGAGCCUCUUUCUAUGAUCGUACCCCGCAGGUCGGAGUCGUACCAAGAAGACCUCUAUCCAAUGACGGCUGGUAACAAGUCUGCUUUGGCUGCAGAGGAGUGGCUCAGCGGCAUCGAUAAAGGCCCAGUGUUGAUGUCUCUGAAGCCCGGGAGUCAAAUCGAAGAGUCGUACUCAGAGAUGAGCAAGGAGAUGGGAAACUCGCUGGACAGUCGCAGGUCUCACAGCAGACCAGGCAUGCUGCAGCUGGGUUACAUUCAGGACACACUGGGAACCAAAGACGGCAAGGAGGACAGCGGCAAUACAGAGGACGACAAGAGUCGGACGCCCGUCAGCAACGGAGAAGACCUCACACUCUGCACUACGCCCAGGACAGAGAACGAGCUGCGUCUGAAGUUUCACAAGCAGCAGGAGGAAAUCCGACGGUUGAGGGAGCUCCUCCACCAGAGGGACGUGCGCGUCAAACAGCUGGAGCUGGAGAUUAAGAACGUCAAAAACUCCCAGUCUCACCAGGGCUCACUUUAAAACUUGCCCGACCCACGGGGUCACCUUCACCCCCUGGUGGAACACACGCAUUACUGUACAAACGUACUAACCCCAUCUUCACAUCACCUCUUCUUAGGGUCCUGACUCACCUCUUCUCCUUUUAAGGAGUCCCCCAUACUCACUGCACAGGGGUGAUUUAGACCUCAACUUUGUGUUUUCUUUCACACGAGGUGCACAUAUUCUUCGUUCAUGUACACUCAAACACUGAGUCUCACACAGCUGUAACAUGAUUUAAAACUCUUUGCACCUGUUGACCUUUACCCCGUUUCUUUUGUACGCUUCACAGCUAUGCAAGUUAAUUGUAAUUUUUAGCUUUUUUAUGCUCUUUGUAGCUGAGAGAUAAAAAGGAUGUCUGUGUCUUCUUGACUGAAUGAUGUGGCUGUCUGCGUGUUGUUGAAAGUUGUUGCAGGGCAAGAGCAGACAUCCUGUUUGAUUGUACGGUAACGCUGAAUUUAUUUUCUAUGCUUGGUGAUUGUUUUUGUUUUUCAAUAUUUAAACUACUGUAAGUGGAAAUGGCUGUGGUGUUUUAACGUAUGUGUGCUUGAAUGAGAGUGUCAUGAUCCCAGCUGUGUUAUCGCGUUUCAUUGAGCUGCAUUUGUUUUUAUUUUUUUAUUUUUUAAUGACUGGAAAAAUUGGUGAAUAAUUAGUCCGUUUCACAGCAGCUAUUGUGUAAGCCAAUUCUGUAACUGAUGCCAUGUAGCAGUUCUUAAUUUUUUAUAUUUAUUUUAAAAUACAGUCAAAGACAAAAUACCAUUUGAUCAAGUACUUGAAUUCGCGAUUGUAAUUUUGCAAAAAUACAGCAAGCGUGCUUUAAUUUUUCCUGAUGUGGAGUCACUGUGAAGAAACAAUUUAAAGCCAUUAUAGAGCCAGAGUCCUGCACCACUUCUGGUUUAGUUUGUGUUCCACUAGCUUUCACUUCUGAAUGUAUUGUCUUUUAUUUGCUCUCUGUAAAAAACUGAAACAUGA